AUGGAAGGAGAUUCGUCUCUGUCUCCGUUGAUAAGAUCGAUUAACAGAAGCGUGGUUCACAGAAUCUGCUCCGGACAAGUCAUCUUGGACCUCUCCUCGGUUAUCAAGGAGCUUGUGGAGAACAGUCUCGACGCCGGAGCCACCAGUAUAGAAAUAAACCUUCGUGACUAUGGCGAAGAACACUUUCAGGUUAUCGACAAUGGCUGUGGCAUUUCCCCGACCAAUUUCAAGGUCUGUUUCUUGAAAUCUCCCGUGUGA